AUGAGAGAUCUUCUCAGUGUGAUAGCUAAGCUGCACGCAAGUGCUCAGGAGGAGCACAUGGCAAAUAAGGAAGCACGUUGUAGUUUUCUAGUAAAGACAACCACCACAGAGAAUACACCCAAGAGGCCUCGAGACGAUAUACAGCCAAAGAGAAGAACACCGCCUAAGAAAAAUAAAACUUUCCAUAAGGAAUGGACGAACAAAAUGGAAGUUCCCCUGAGCAAGGAAGCAAAAUACGACAACCCAGUCGGAAGCAAGGAGACAGUAAUGGCAAAACAAGAUGGCUGGAUCACGGUUAAACAUAAACAACCAAGGAAGAGACCACAUAAGCCGCCACCCCGACCCGAUGCAAUACCUCUGGAGAAUCGAACGGCGCGAGUGCAAGAACCUGCUGAUACGGAAUGGACAAUAGUCACUGAUGUGGAGCUAAUAGAAAAGGCAGAGAGAUUUGGCAAUGCCAAGGCACCAGGUGUGGAUGGUAUCCCAAAUAAGGCUUUAGAGAUUGCUAUUAAGCACAAUGCGAAACCCUUUGCUGAAUUGUUUACGCGGUGCUUACAAAAAGGUGUCUUCCCGAAAAUCUGGAAAAAGCAAAGACUGGUAUUAUUGCAGAAGCCAAAUAAACCAGCAGGGGAGCCUAAUUCAUAUCGACCGCUCUGUAUGCUGGAUACGACCGGCAAGAUACUAGAGCGGAUAAUCUGA